AUGAGCGAUCAAAAGAGGUGGAAAAUUGUCAUGUUCGACAUGGGUGGUGUCCUUCUAACACCGUUACAAUUUGGUUUCCGAAAAUACGAGUGGGAAAAUGGAUUAGCUAGUGGAAUGUUUAGUGAGCUUUUCAAGGAAGAUGAUUCAAAUUAUUCAUUUGGUAAAGUUAUGAAAGGUGAAAUUACCCUAUCUCAGUUUUAUCAAGAGUGCGAUAAAGAAUGUGAAAAGUAUGCUGAAGAGAAAAAGUUUCAAUUGCCUGAAGGUUUUUCCGUAAAGAAAUUGUUUACAAGCGGCUUCAGCAAUAGUUCAAUAAUGGAAAACGUUAUGAAAGCUAUUGACUGUUUACAUCAUAAUGGCUACAAGGUUGCAUUAUUAACUAAUAAUUGGACUGAUGAUACUGAAAGAAGAUUGUCUAUUGCUGCAAUUAUGUUGAAAUUUCGUCGCCGCUUUGAUUAUGUAUUUGAAUCUUGUCACAUUGGCAUGGCAAAACCUGAUGCUAAAUUGUAUGAAUAUGUCUGCAAUAAGAUGAACGUUCAACCAUCCGAAGUCAUUUUUUUGGAUGAUUCCACCAAAAAUUGUGUUGGUGCAGAAAAGUUGGGCAUGAAAACUAUAAUUGUUAAGAAUUCCUUUCAAGGGCUUAAAGAUUUGGCAGAGCUUUUAAACAUCGACUUCAAUCGUAAGGUUGUCCCAUACUGCGAUAUCAGUCGUUUUGCUCAUGGCUACAUUGUUAGCAAGGAAGGUAUAAAAACUCACUAUGUUGAAUGCGGUCAUGGUCCACCAGUCAUAUUUUGCCAUGGAUGGCCUGAGUGUUGGUAUUCUUGGCGUUACCAGCUUGCACACAUAGCUGAAUUAGGCUAUCGAGCUAUUGCACUCGAUCAACGUGGAUUUGGAGAAUCGAGUUGUCCACGAGCCGUUGAAGAAUAUACAACUGAAAAGAUUAUUUCGGAUUUACUGCACUUGAUGGACACUCUUGGCUUACCGAAUGUGACACUCGUUGGCCACGAUUGGGGCGGUUUUAUUGUUUGGAUUUGUGCUCUACGUUAUCCCGAACGUAUUAGAGCUGUAGCAGGUGUAAACACACCAUACAUUCCAAUCGAUGUAUCAGCGAGUCCACUAACUAAAAUGAAGAAAAAUCCGCAUACCUUCGACUAUCAACUUUACUUCCAGGAUGAGGGCGUAGCUGAAGCUGAAUUUGAGAAAGAUAUUGAACGAACUUUCCUAUGUUUAUUUAGGGGUACUUCGGAAGAAGAUAAGCUGUCAUUAACUCGCAAAGUAGAUACCAGCAACGUCAGGGAACGAGGAGGAUUUUUAGUAGGUUUUCCCGAGAAGCCUCGUCGUAGUGUUAUACUUUCGGAGGAGGAUUUAAAGUUUUACGUUGAUCAAUUUACCCGAACUGGAUUCAGAGGUGGAAUAAAUUGGUAUCGUAAUUUGGAUAGAAAUUGGGAAUGGAAUUGUCGUGUUGCAAAUCGUAAACCAUCUUUAAUGGUUACUGCUAAGUAUGAUAAAGUGCUGUAUCCCGCGCUUAGCAAACUGAUGACGCCUUGGGUCCCUAAUUUAACUAGAAAGGAGCUUGAGUGUGGCCAUUGGACGCAAUUGGAAUGUCCGAAUGAAUUGAAUCAAGUUUUAGGAGACUGGCUUCAAGAUGUGCAUCGAUCAGCAACCAUGACUCCAAGACUUUAA